AUGACCAAGGUAAAGUGGGAGUCGAAGGAAGGUCUCAAGAUCAUUUGCACGACUUGCUACACGAAUUUGGCAACGUAUCUGGAGGUUGCGAAUGUGCGUAGGCUUCACAAUAAAUUUUAA